ACUAUUUCCCUCUCUCUCCCUUGCCGCCUGGGACAACUAAUUAUUAUAUCAAGAACCCAUCCGGUCUACGAAGACUCUGAUCAUCCAGCUAACCGGGCCAGCAGCCAUCCGGUAAACUUCACUCCAGAAAUCGGAAGCCAGCGAGGCCACCAGAAGCUGCGAUAUAAAUAGUCAGAAAUGAUUACCCAACUGGGGCUGCGAUCGAUCCGAAGGCAUCUCAGUCAUCAGCGCCUAGCUCUGCUCCAAGUCAGUCCAGCCGGCACGAGUGUCCGGAUCGUAAGGACGGAAGGACACGAUCGAUGGCUAUCGACCAGCAAACCAAACCAGAUCUCGUUCGGCCGAGCCGACCACCAACAAUCGAAUAUCUCGAGCGCCCAACAGACAGCCCCUUUACCCGGUUCGAAGAUCCAUCCGGAGGAGCCUUCAAGCGUCCCGCCUCCCCCCAAAGUUAAACGGCCCACUCACCGGCUUCGUAACUUUGCAAGGACCGUCCUCGUCCUCGUCCUCUCGGCUUCUGGCUACGUCGUCUGGAGAGCCUGGGAUGAACGUAAUCCGCCCGAACAACUCCCCCAUGACCCCGAAAAGAAAACUAUCGUCGUCCUCGGUAAUGGCUGGGGCGCUUCUAGUUUCCUCAAAGGCCUAGAUACUGAACACUUCAACGUCGUGGUCAUCAGUCCUCGGAAUUAUUUCUGUUUUACACCUCUCUUACCUUCUGUGACCGUUGGGACGAUUGAGCCUCGAUCGGUGAUCGAGCCCACUCGCUUCAUCACCCGACACAAGCAACGAGCGGUGCAUUGUUUUGAAGCAACGGCGACGGAGGUAGAUCCGAAGAAAAAAACGGUACGGUUCACGGACGAGUCGGAGAUCAAAGGGGAUGUGACGGAGACGGAGAUUGGAUACGACUACUUGAUCUAUGCGGUUGGGGCCGAGAACAAUACGUUUGGGAUCCCCGGGGUGCGCGAGCAUGGAUGUUUCUUGAAAGAGCUGAACGAUGCCGAGAAGAUCCGAAAGAAGUUGAUGGAUUGCAUCGAGACGGCGACGUUCAAAGACCAAUCCCCAUCAGAGGUGGACCGAUUACUGCACAUGGUCGUCGUGGGUGGGGGGCCAACCGGGGUGGAAUAUGCGGCCGAGUUGCACGACUUCUUGGUCGACGAUCUCUCUAGAUGGUAUCCCGAGAUCGCCGGCAAAGUCAAGAUCACCCUCAUCGAAGCCUUGCCUAACGUCCUGCCCAUGUUCUCUAAACAGUUGAUCGAUUAUACCACUCAGACCUUCAUGUCUAAUCGGAUCAAUGUCUUGACUAAAACGAUGGUCAAGCAGGUCCAUCCCAAAUCAAUCACUGCUUUGGAUGAGAAUAAGCAGCUCAUGGAGAUUCCAUAUGGGUUAUUAGUCUGGGCCACUGGAAACACGUCCCGGGAGCUGACCCGACAACUAAUGGCGGCUCUACCGGAACACCAAACCCAGAGACGAGGCUUGCUCGUUGAUGACGAUCUGUCGGUCCUUGGGGCCGACGGGAUAUACGCCCUGGGCGAUUGCACAGCAACCUCGUAUGCUCCGACCGCCCAAGCGGCCAGUCAACAGGGUCAAUAUCUCGCCAGACGCUUCGGGCUGAUGGCUAAACGCGAGAAACUCGAGAAUCAACUCGUGCUGGCUAAACAGAAUGGUAACUUGGAAGAACAAGAAGCGACCUUGAAGUCGAUCAACCGAACCAACUUGAAAGAGUUCAAAUACAGUCAUCAAGGAUCGUUAGCCUACAUCGGCUCUGACAAAGCAAUCGCCGAUCUGCCGUUCUUCAACGGAAACAUCGCCACCGGCGGGGUGGCUACUUACUUCUUCUGGAGAUCCGCGUAUGUCUCCAUGGCCUUCUCCUUCAGAAAUCGGGUGCUGGUGUGUACGGAUUGGGUCAAGGUGAAAUUGUUUGGAAGGGACGUCUCGAGGGCUUGAAACUCACGAAAUCAAAAACAAUCCAGGAAGAAUGACUUGGCGCUUUCCCAAUCCACAACUUCCUCAUUAAAACAUAGACUAGAGCGACAAAAAAAGGGGUUUCGGUUUCCCAUUUCACUACAACUGAUUCAUCCAUUCAUUCAUCAUUUUCCAAGAUAGAAGAAGAUCGAAUACACCCAUAAACUUAUACGGAAUGUUUAGUGAACUUAUCUCGACAGAUCUUAUUAUAGAGAGCUUGCGUUUUAUUGUGUACAUAGUUGUGACCUAGAUAUAUAUAGAACUGACUCCUCAAGAGGAUCUUUGUUUUUCUCGUUAAUCUUUU